AUGACAAGAACAAUAAAUUGAAAAGAAAAGUCCAUUUGGACAUUUGGUGAUGCACUGAUGCUUAGUUUCAUAUCCCCCAACACCAUUCACUAACACACUACCACUACUAACCAACACACUCACUCUUCUCACUUGCUGCAUGAUUCUAACUACUUUCUCUCUCUUUCUCAUUCUCUUGCGCGCGUUCGUUCUUGUUUCACUCACUCACUCAUGGAUAGCAUUGCAUUUUUUCAUUUCCUUUGGAUUCCCUCAAAUCGUAACUAACCAGUCCAGUAACCACCACCACUUUCACUUUCCCUCCAAACUUCUCUAACCGCCUCUCUCUCUCUUGCAAUGCUGGAUCUCAACCUCAACGCCGCCGACUCCGUUCACAUGGAAAGCUCCGGCAGCUUCGACUCCUCCGUCGUCAACGCCGCCGAUACCGAAGAUUCCUCCUCCUUCGGCGAAGCCUACGCGUACAACUUCGCCAUCCUCAACACCAGCACCGCCGUCGACGAACCCACCACCACCUCCGCGGCAGUUCACCUCCCCUACGCCGGUGACCACUCUGUUCGGACGAUCGAGUUUUUUCCGACCACCGAGUCGCAGAGAUGGUCAGAUUUCUUGCCGGAUCAUCCCGGCGCCGUGCCGGAACAGACGAUCGUCGCUCCCCGGCCGCAGCAGGUGAAGAAGAGCCGACGUGGACCGAGGUCGCGAAGCUCGCAGUAUCGCGGCGUUACUUUCUAUCGGAGGACGGGAAGAUGGGAAUCGCAUAUAUGGGAUUGUGGGAAACAAGUGUACUUAGGUGGAUUUGAUACUGCACAUGCUGCAGCGAGGGCGUAUGAUCGAGCUGCAAUCAAGUUCCGUGGCGUUGAUGCGGAUAUCAAUUUCAACGUGAGCGAUUAUGAUGAAGAUAUAAAGCAGAUGAGUAACUUCACCAAGGAAGAGUUUGUGCAUAUUCUGCGGCGGCAGAGCACGGGUUUCUCAAGGGGGAGCUCCAGAUACAGGGGAGUUACUCUCCAUAAAUGUGGGAGAUGGGAAGCUCGUAUGGGGCAGUUUCUUGGGAAGAAGUACAUAUAUCUUGGGCUAUUCGAUAGUGAAUUAGAGGCUGCAAGAGCUUAUGACAAGGCAGCUAUAAAAUGCAAUGGAAAGGAAGCAGUGACAAACUUUGAGGCCAGCUCAUAUGAGGGGGAGCUAAUUUCUCAGUCUGAUAAUGAAGAUAACAAGCGAAGUAUUGAUCUUAACUUGGGCAUAGCUCCCCCUUCUACCUAUGAUGGUCAAAUGAUGAAUAUUGAACACCAAAAUUUUGAGCACUCUGGAUCAAGAUCACUGAGUGUUCAACCAUCUUAUGGCUUCUCCAUGGCAUCUGAGCAUCAGCCUUCAGGCUGGAAUGGAGCCAAUUUCUUUCCCAUCUCCAAGGAAAGAGCAAUAGAGAAGAGGAUGGAAACUGCUCCCAUACCAAAUUGGACUUGGCAACAAGUCCAAGGUCAUUAUGGUGGAGGAGCAACUCUGAUUCCACCCUUCUCUGCUGCAGCAUCAUCAGGAUUCCCUUCAACAAUGAUACCAAUACCAUCAGCAGCUGCGGAUAGUCAAAUUCAGUUUCCUAACAUGCAGUUCCUCCACCCUAAUUUUUCUCCUUCCAUCACCAACUCCAACACCAUAUCCCCUUUCUACUGAAAAAGCACAGCUAGCUAGGGAGAGAGCAAUAGCAUUGAUUCCGAAUCUUUCUAGCCUUAGUAGUCUUUCUUGCAUGGGAGGUAGGCGAUAUGAUUGACAAACUAGUAGGAAAUUGAAUUGUUUGGUUGCUUUUACCAUUUGUCUUUUAAUAUUGUACUAAUUUUCUUCAAUGCAAAGAAAUUCCAUGCCGCCAAGCAUGGUUUGAACCUUUGAACUCUUUUUUUUACUAUUUUGAGACGACUAUAAUGAACAUGCAUCUACUCUGGUGGUAUCCAAGAUUCCAAGUUCAGUGUCGGUGCCUUUCUAUCUUGAAAUAUCUGAAAGGUUGAUUUGGAUUUUGGACCAUUUGAUUAUAUUUUGAAGUGAUGGAAUUUGUUCA